GGAGCAGCCGAGGGGAUGUCCUGUCCUUAGGGCUCCUCGCACACAUCGAGAUGCCGAGUGUCUGCCUGCUCUGAGAUGAUGUUAAACUUUGUUGUGUUACUGUGGCUGGCUGGGGUUUUCAGAAGACAUCCCAAAACUUAGAAAGGUGGGAGUUGCAGCUUUAUAACGAACCUGCUAAAAAUAGAGAAUGGGAUUAUAAUCCUAAUCCAGGAGACCUUUCCUGGGGCUCCAGGGAAACUGUCCUUUAAUCUUCUUUUCUACUUUGUAAGGGGGCUCUACCUUCUCUUUAAAGCCUCUCUGCUAAUCAGCAUUAAUUUUGUUUAACUCUUGUGAUGUCUGUCCUUUGCUUUACUGGUCGUGCUGCUGCCUCCCAGUUAAAAUCCAGGGUGAGUUUAGCAGGCAGGAGCAGACUGAAACGUUCCUCGCCCUAGUGACAAAUUCUUGCGUCCUCCUUCGGGGACCACCUUGUCUUUUUGCAGCCCAGAGGGGUCUACGUGGCCGUUUGUCCUCAGUCUCAGGUGUGGCACCUCCCCAAACGUGAGGAUCUUUAUUAAAUAGCUGUGCUGCUCUGUUGCUGGUUGACUCCAGCCCGCUGUGGUUUUGGUGAUACGUGGUGGUUAGGCCGGAUCCAGAACUGUUUUAAGAGUAACCCGUUGGAGGCGAGAGACCCUCUGUGCUAGAUAUUUGCAGAUUGGCUGCUCUGAAAAUGCCAAAAUCUGAGCAAAGGGGGAAAAAAAUUGAACUUCUGCUCAAAAUAAAUAUGUACCUGUAAUGUUAUUGCUGCAAACAGCUUGAAAAUGUGACAGGCAGAUGCCUUACUGGGCUGGGAAUGAAACGAGAUUUAAAAAGCCCUAUAUCCACCAGAUCGGGUUUUUCAGGCUUUUUUGGUGUUUUACUUAUGGUUUUUGAGGGCUUCAGGUUGCCAGAGGGAGAGGAACUGUGUUUGACGGGGCUGGGGGAGCGGAGAAGCGUCGUUACAAGUGAUUUUUUGGGGUCAGGGCGUGUGUUUAACCAAAUCUGAUGGUGGAGGUGAGCGCAUCCUCUCCCACAUCUGCGCUGCUCACGUCUCAAGGCAGAGAUCAUCUCCUCCAUUCACCCUCCCAGCAUAUCUUCGUCCUUUACCUCUCCGGCCCCGAGCAGCUGCCCCCAAAAUUCCGCACUGUGCUGGGUGGUGAGCGCCUUCUGAAAGUGCUCCGUGGGAGCUGGUUUUGCUCUGCGCUGGCACGGAUUCCCAGUUUGCCAGCUGGGUGUUUGCUGUCUGCCGCCCACGAGGGCCUAGCCCCUUCAUCUGGCAGUGGAAAUGGCUUUUUUUUUUAUCCCCUUUAAAUUACGUCUUGUUUUCCUCUGCAGAUCUCCAGCAAAAGAGAAGGGAUACAUUUGGAGGGAGGCAAGAGUAAGCACCUCCAAGUCUCUUGGUUUAUUUUUAGCCCGUUUCUCAAAGAAGUGAGACCUGUGAUCGCAACCCGUGUGUCUUUUCUCACUUUAGUUCUGAGUAUUUGGGGGAAGAAAGGGAAUAAGGUAAAGGAGAGCAUCUCCAUCUUCCCCUGAUGCCCCACCAGUGCUCUUUUGGGCAGAAAAGCACCACCAGCACCAGGGCAGCGCAGACCCUGUAGGGUCCCACCAUGGAGGUGCUGGGACGUGCAGUUUGGAGGCCUGGGUUCGGAUCUGCGUGGGCAGGAGAAGGAGUUUCUCAGUUGCCUUCAUGGUGGAUAAGUAGCCUAAUUGUUGACCUGAGGCGAAGCAGCGGCUGGAGGCAACAGCCAUGCAGACUUCAGAAGAGGAGCAUUGUCUGCGGAAGGUGAAAUCCUGGCUAAAUCCAAGACUGAGUGAUUUUCUAAAAGAGUUGCCUCAACCACGCAACUGUUGGGUGUGUAAUGUGAGCGUAGCAGCUUUAUGGCCUGUUUUUUUUUGCCCGAUGUGCAUCGGUGCUAUCUAAGAGCCUAUCUGAUCUUGGUGUCUGUGGGCACCACUGCUUGAUCACCAGCUAAAGACGUGCUACGUUUGAGAAGGAGGGUGGGCUGGAGAUCUCCUAAGGCCCUCUCCAACCCGAAUGAGCCGGUGGUCUCACCCCGGAGGUACCAAACCUCCCUCUGACCCACAAAUAGCAGCUCUUCCCUGUGUGCGUUUGCGUUGGUGACUGCGGGGGAUGUGUGAUCUGUGAGGUUAGGUGUAGGGACGGGGAUGGUUCUGCUGUUUGCCGAAACGCCAGGCCGGCACGUGCUGGCACCUGUCAGCCCAUUAGUGGUGGUUGACUGCAGCUUUACUAGCCAAGAGAGCAGAGAGCAGAGGAGAAACCACAAGAGGAGAUUAAAGACCAGCAAGCAGUUUUCAUUGGCCAUCUUAAAAUUGCAGCUCGGUAAUUAAGGCUUUAGGCAGCUCACAAAUAGCCCAGCUUUCUGCCGGCUCACUCGUAUUGUGAGCCUGUUGCCGCUGCAAGGAGCUGGACUUUAUACCUUGGCUGAAAGGGAGUAAAAGCAAAAGGUAAGGAUGCGUUGGAGCCUGCUGCUAGCCAGUGCUCUGCCCAUUCUUCUUACCGCUUCCCAGUUUGUCUGGGGUUGAAUGAAAUGUUUGUAAAUUAUUUAGGCAGCUUUAGAUUCCCCUUUUCCUACCAGUGCCUGCUAAAGGGCAGAUAAAAUUUUGCAGAGGGAGAGAGGAAGGCUCUUCUCCCUCUAGCUGGGAUGUGAGCCUCCUGGCUGGGCUCUGCAGGCUGGGGCUGGGACUUGUGCAUCCAGAGCAGUUCUUGUUGGCACAGCCAGAUCACGGCAGAGGAAAAGCUGUGAAACGCCUGGACUGAAUCUGUGCUGGCAUCUGAAUGUCACUUGCAGGGGCUUUCGGCGGUGGCUGAGGAAGCUGGCGUGUGAUGAAGGAGCAUCGUUCAGGAGCAGGCAUGUUGUGAAGUGUGCUGGAUGAACUUUGUGUAGCUCCUCUUUCUCUUCUGGAGUGUUUUGCAAGCAAUGGUCAGGGCUCACCUGUUUUAUUUAUGGGGGCGAGAGGAACUGGCAGGGGCAGAAGAGAGGGAGAGAUGCUUGAGACAACUCAGCAAGCAACUCGGAGGCUUCCGUGCUGCAAGCACUGAAUAGCAUUUCACUGGUGAGGAGGUAUAGGAGGGUGUGCUUUCCUCUUUUGGUAUUGAACAUUUAGGCAAAACCUGUGACAUUUGGAAAUUAUCAAAUCUCGAGGGCUAAGGGAAAGACAGGACAGGUCCCUAGAAGGGCUUCCUAGAGCUUGUGCAGCCUAGUUGUGUUUUUUGGAUGAUGGAGCCUAAUCCAGCAAUGUUUCCAUGCACGUGUGAUGGGACCCGUCCUCUGAGAUCCCCGGAGAAUGUCUGAUCUGGUGGGCCUCUGGGGCUGUGGCACCUGGAGGAUGCCAACAGCAAAAAAAAAAAAAAAAUAUAGUUUCCUUUUAGAUGGUGAUUGAACGUGGGUGUUCUUACACCCACGUUAGCUGCUGCUGGCAUCUACUUAGACUUUGUGUAUUAACGCCCCGUCCUUACAUACACGCUUAGAUAAACUCUAGUCAGACAAGUACAAAGCAUCCUUGGGGAACGGAGGGAAAACUAUAAUUUGCUAGCUGGAGUGCUGCCUGGUAGAUGUCUGCGUGAUCGCAGAGCUGUGCAGGAGGGAUUUAGGGAUAAGGAGGUAUCCAGCUCACGCAGGCCAGGGUCAGGGAGGCAACCCUGCUAGAUUAGCCUGCCGCACAAUCUGCGGCUGAUUUUGUAAGAGAUGGCAUUUGGCUUAAGGCUGUUUAAAAAGUGAUUUGUAAGGUCAGGGUGACAUUGCUAUGAUUUAAUUUAAAAUGGAAAGGCAUUAUACUGUCUGUCGGCUGAUUGCUCCUGACUGAGGUCACGCCCAGCUGAUGAGGUUAAAAAAAAAAUGCAUUUCCAGGGGCUUUACUGCUUGCAGAAAGUAAUUGGUUUUAAAUAGGAAAAAUAGGCUUGUUUGAUUUGUUCUGCUCUCGUCAUCACCUCUGUUUUAGAAGCUGCUGAACUGCUGUUGAUGGAUGAGGGUCCCCAGCGGUACUCCCUGCACUGUUGCACAGGAUUUUCUUCUUUAUUCACAUGUUGGUAAUUAACCUUUCUUCCUCCCCAGAGACGCAGGCACAUGAAAACACCCAGUUUUUUCUUCCUGGCUGAAGAAACAACUGCAGAAAGGACUGUGUGGCCCCAGGCUGCUUUUUUUCACCUGUACCAGGAACCAAACCCUUCUCUCUUGCCACAAAACGCCUUGAGCUGGGCCAUGCAGGGACCGAGACCAGUGGUUCUGAGUGGCCCAUCGGGUGCAGGGAAGAGCACUUUAUUAAAGAAAUUGCUUAAAGAUUACGAGAACAUCUUUGGCUUCAGUGUCUCCCGUGAGUAUCCCUAUACCACAAGGCAGCCAAGACCCGGAGAAGUAAAUGGCAAAGAUUACCACUUUGUGACCAGAGAGGAAAUGCAGAAAGAAAUUGAUGCUGGUGAAUUCAUUGAGCACGCAGAGUUCUCCGGAAAUAUGUACGGGACGAGUAAAGGUGCAGUGCAGGCUGUUCAGGCCCAGAACCAGAUCUGUGUCCUUGACAUCGACAUCCAGGGCGUGAAGAACAUCAAGAGGACAGACCUGAACCCCAUCUACAUCUCCGUGCAGCCUCCGUCCAUAGACAUCUUGGAAAAAAGACUACGUGACCGAAAGACUGAGACAGAAGAAAGUUUACUGAAGCGUUUGACUGCAGCUCGUGUAGAUUUGGAACUUAGUAAAGAGCCUGGCCUGUUCGACUUGGUCAUUAUUAAUGAUGAUUUAGAAAAAGCCUAUUCCGAAUUGAAGGAGCUACUCCUGGAGGAAAUCAAGAAGACCCAAGAAUCCAGGAAGUCCUGAGCUGAGCCUGCUUGGACGUUUUAACUUUGCACAUCAUUCCUGAAGCACAUCAUGCCAUUUUAUUCCGAGAGACAUUCCCUUUAGGCUGAUCCUCCUCCCAAGUUACUCUAGGAUGUUUCUAUUAAAAGGAAAGAAAACA